AUGGCCGACAACAAGGAUGAACUCGUGCAGAGAGCCAAGCUUGCAGAACAGGCAGAGCGAUAUGACGAUAUGGCUCAGUCCAUGAAGAAAGUUACCGAACUGGGUGCGGAGCUUUCAAAUGAAGAGCGUAAUCUCCUUUCCGUUGCUUACAAAAAUGUCGUCGGAGCUCGCCGUUCGAGCUGGAGAGUGAUCUCAUCGAUUGAACAGAAAACUGAGGGUUCUGAAAAGAAACAGCAAAUGGCAAAGGAAUAUCGUGAAAAGGUUGAGAAGGAGCUCCGUGAUAUUUGCCAGGAUGUACUUAACCUGUUGGACAAAUUCCUCAUUCCCAAAGCUGGUAAUCCAGAAUCGAAGGUGUUUUAUUUGAAGAUGAAGGGUGACUACUACAGAUAUUUGGCUGAGGUUGCCUCUGGAGAAGACAGAAGUUCGGUUGUCGACAAGUCGCAGCAGUCAUACCAGGAGGCGUUCGACAUCGCCAAGGACAAGAUGCAGCCCACUCACCCCAUCCGCCUUGGCCUCGCUCUCAAUUUCUCGGUGUUCUACUACGAGAUCUUGAAUGCACCCGAUAAGGCUUGUCAGUUGGCGAAGCAGAUUGCAAAAGAAAAUUUGGCCACCACUCAUCCCGCUCGCCUUGGUCUUGCUUUGAACUACUCGGUGUUUUUCUAUGAAAUAGCUUCAAGUCCCGAUAGAGCUUGUCAACUCGCGAAGCAGGCAUUCGAUGACGCUAUUGCUGAACUUGACACAUUGAAUGAAGAUUCAUACAAGGACUCCACGCUUAUCAUGCAGCUGCUGAGGGACAACCUCACCUUGUGGACUUCCGAUGCUGCUGCCGACGACCAAGACGCAGGAGAGCAAGGGGAGGGUGCCAAUUAA